CUAUUUCUGUAUCCGCACCCUAGAACAAAGUCAUGACGGUACAUACUGAUCGCGGCUGAAGUCGAGCUAACGUCUUUCUUUCUCGAUGCUUUUUUUGCACGAGCAGCAGCUAAGCCGAAUUCCGACAUUCGUGACGUUCACGAGGAACGGAUAACUUGGCGGCCGGCGAUCGACAAUCAACGAUUUCCCAUUCAUAAUCGCGAACCCGACGAUAACACCGGUGUUUCUCCAACUGUGCACUGUGAAUCGCGAUGACCAACCGGCUCUAACGAUCGAACAUCGAACAGUAUCGAACAGAAUCAUUUACCGAGACUUACCAUGAGUAUACACCGAACGCGUGUAGAGAUUCUAUUAUUUCUGAUUGCGAUCCUCGGAUUCUUGUCAUGCGGAAAUGCAGCAUCUGCACAUAUCCACACUCAUCAGCAUAACAAAUCCAACAGUAACGAAAGAACAGAAGAUGGUGCGUUUAGUCCGCGAGAUAUGGAUCACUAUGCAGGAGGAGAACACCAUCAGGAAUUCGAUCACGAAGCUAUACUCGGAAGUGUGAAAGAGGCAGAGGAAUUCGACAAGCUUCCCAUAGAGGAAUCUAAAAGACGCUUAGGAAUUUUGUUGACCAAGAUGGAUUUGAAUAACAACAAAUUUAUCGAGAGGAAUGAACUGAAAGCAUGGAUUUUAAGAUCGUUUAGCAUGCUUUCUGACGAGGACUCUCAAGACCGACUGGAGGAUACAGAUUCAGAUAAAGACGGCAAAGUCAGUUGGGCUGAAAUUUUACAGGAUAUGUAUGGUUCGGAUUCGGAAGAUCUAGAAGCAGAUGUUAAACUUAUUACCGAUGACAAGCAAACAUUCGAGGCAGCUGAUAUGAACAAAGAUGGGUAUCUCGAUCCGGAUGAGUUCAAAGCUUAUACUCAUCCUGAAGAAACACCUAGAAUGUUUCCACUUCUUUUGAGGCAAGCUUUGGAUGACAAAGACAUGGAUAAGGAUGGAUACAUCAGUUUCCAGGAGUUUAUUGGUAACAGAGCUAAAGCGGAGAACAAAGAAUGGUUGUUGGUAGAAAAGGAUAAAUUUGAUUACGAGCAUGACAAAGAUAAGGAUGGGAGACUCGAUUCGGAUGAAAUACUUUCUUGGCUAGUACCUAGUAACGAUGAAAUCGCAAGUGGUGAAGUAGAUCAUCUAUUUGCUGCAUCCGACGACGAUCACGAUAACAGAUUGUCCUUUGAGGAAGUCUUGGACCAUCACGAUGCUUUCGUCGGAAGUGAAGCCACAGAUUAUGGAGACCACUUACAAGAUAUCGAGCGAUUCCAAGAUGAACUAUGAGAAUCGGUGGCUAAGCACGUUAGCGAAAUCUUCAUCUUUUGCGUAAUAUCUGUCAGAAUUUUACGUCUAUGAAAGUAUUUUUAAUAGUUCUGAAUGCCGCCCUUUGAGCUAUAAUAUGUUUCGGUGUUCCUAUUUAUGCUGCAUUUAGCGUACAUUAAGAUCGAACAAAAUCGCACAAAACUUAUUUAAAAUACUCAAAGCAUAGUUUCGCCAGUCUUCCAAUUUUUAUGAACCUUUGGUGCCAUAAUUACGGUGAUACGUUGCUUUAGCACAAAUAGAAUUUACAUUUCUUCUAAGUAGUAAGAGUUACCAGAAACAUAUUGUCUAAUUUUCAUUAUUUUUCGGUAAAUAAUUAUGUACAUGCACUAAUUUUAAAUUAUUCUGUGCUUGCGACGAUUAUUAGGGAAAAGGUUAUGGACCUUAAGAAACCUUGUAAUUUAUCUAAACAGCGAAUUAAAUAAUUCAAUUCCUCCGAUUAUUAUAGAGCAUCAUAACAUACAUAAUAAAAAAAAUUGAAUUCUUUAGUAUUCAUUCAGACAUUCAGACAUCUUUGGAAUAAAUUUGUCUACUUUUCGUAUUCUAUGACGAACAAUAUGUAUUGUGAUGAAUUUUUGUAAUAAAAUAUGCUUUACAUCUUAGAUAUUCUCGUGCCAUUGAAAAAGCAGAAAGUGUUCGAAGAAUAUUACAGGAUAAACGAGCCACAAAUGACUUUGAAAAACACUUCAAGGUUAUUUUUAAACCUCUUACCUUGUAAUAUUUUUUAAACGUUACAUUUUUGUUGAUAACGUAUUAAAUAAAUGAACUACAUAUAUGCAGUGUCCAUAAAUUUAUUAACAUAUAAUAAAUUAUUAAAUUAGUAUCACAGACUUAAGGUCCCUAAGGAUUUUACCACAAGAGGCGCCACUAUUAACACAGACUCAGGAUCCGUACAGGCAUUGCAUCUUAUGGGCUUUUCUGUCUCAAUUUUAGAGGGCUCUAGAUUCCCUCCUUAUCAUUUCGUAUUACACCCAGCGUUGCCGAUAGUUCACAAAAAAUAAGCACGUUAGCAAGAGCGAAUAUCCUGUAUAUUUUAUUUUUAUUACGAGUGCUGAAUAUUAUUUGGAGGCAACAAGUACGGUACUAACAUUGAAAUGAUGGAAAUAGUAUUUAUAAAACAUGUACUACAAAAAUAAGAUAUAAAGUUUAAUUAUUUUUAUGGAUUUCAGCAAUUAUUUCUACUAAUUACAUAAUUAGCAGUGGUACACAUAUAGAAAUAGAUUUAUACAUUUUAUCUUACAGAUGGAUAUUUACAACGUUAAUUUUAUAAGCUUUACAAUGUAAAAAGAGCAUUGCAUGCAAUGUUUGUAUGCAGUCUAAGUCUGCGAUAUUAAGUUGUUGCAAAAGUAAUUUAGAUCUUUUUAGUUAGCUAUCUAUUUGGAAAACCGAAAUUAUACAUUUGCAGCAACCCAAUAGAUACUAUCUGGUAAAAUUCGAAACUCUUUCCAGCUCAAGGCGAAAUUUGUAGCUGAAAAUUCAGAAAAGAUUACACACCGAUAUCACACACAUCUAUAAUUAUAAUAAAAUAUUAUUUUAUAAAUAUCAAAACCUCAUUUGUGAAAAUAGAGGUAUACAAUUUUACAUUGUUAUUCGCAUUUAAACUUCACAGCAGAGAUGAGGAAAUAUAGAUUUUUGUAAUUUUAAAUAGACAAAUAGACUAUACAUAUUUUUAUCUCCUCAUGUAAUAUAGAAUUUAGCAAGUAAACUUUUUUUUAAAAUAUUAGCUACAUAUGGAUAUUAUGUAGUGAAAUAUAUUUGAAAUGCUAUUUCCACAAUUACCAUUUCAAAAAAAGUUUAUUUGCCAAAUUCUGUAUUACCCGAGAAGAUAAAAUUGUUCAUAGUCUAUUUGCUAUUUAAAAAAUCUAUUUUUCCUCCAGCCCUUCUUCACAACCAUUAGCUCGAUAUAAUUAUCGAUUUCGAAUCUGUUAUAGAAUGAUCGAGGUUUAUUUCUGAGAUUUAUAACUGAUUGGAAAUCGAAAAUUGCAUCGAUUGCUCGAAUCUCACCAUGUGGAGGUUGUUGUGACUGGAGACCCGAAAGGGAGCCAGAACGAAGACAAAAUUCGUUAUGGCUCCCUUUCUCGCAACAAAUUUUACCUAGUAACUAAUACCUUAGCAAGCAAUGUCUUAAAAAAUAACAUCUUAAUAAAUAACGCCUUAAUAACUAA